GGAAUUUGAAAGCUGAAGGCGAAUGCUGAAAUAUCUCGCUAGAUUAUCUUAUUUACUUGUGACAUCAUGGGCGAAUCUGUGAAUGAAUUCAAGCUGGACCAACCUCCAGAAGAUGGCAUCUCAGCCGUCAAGUUUGGACCCAAUUCCUCUCAGUUCUUGUUGGUGUCGUCGUGGGAUGAGACAGUCAGACUCUAUGAUGUCCAGGCCAAUCAGCUCAGGGCCAAGUACAAGCAUGACAGACCUGUGCUAGAUUGCUGCUUUUGUGAUCAAACACAUACUUACAGCGGAGGAUUAGACAAUAUGCUGAAGCUGUAUGAUAUCAACACAAGUACAGAGAAUGUCCUUGGAAAUCAUGAGGAUGCUAUCAAGUGUGUGGAGUUCUGCCCAGAGGUCAAUGUGGUGGUAACAGGUAGCUGGGAUCAGACGGUCAAGCUAUGGGAUCCUAGGAUAGGAAGGUCAACAGGGUCAUUCUCACAACCGGACAAGGUCUACACAAUGGCAGUCACAGGUGACCGCUUGGUGGUGGGUACCGCCGGACGCAAGGUCCUCGUCUGGGACCUCCGCAACAUGGGCUAUGUCCAGCAGAGGCGCGAGUCCAGUCUCAAGUACCAGACCAGAUGCAUCAGAUCCUUCCCCAAUGGUCAGGGCUAUGUGCUGAGUAGCAUCGAGGGUCGAGUGGCCGUGGAAUACCUUGACCCAAGCCCAGAGGUCCAGAAGAAGAAAUACGCCUUCAAGUGUCACAGGUUAAAGAAUGACGGAGUGGAGCAGAUUUAUCCAGUCAAUGCCAUCGCCUUCCACAAUCGACACAACACAUUCGCUUCAGGAGGCUGUGAUGGGUUCGUCAACAUAUGGGAUGGUUUCAAUAAGAAGCGCUUGUGUCAGUUCCAUUGCUAUCCUACGAGUAUCAGCUCUUUGGCAUUCAGUAAUGAUGGCUCCAUCCUUGCCAUUGCAUCGUCUUACACAUACGAGGAGGGAGAUAUAGAGCACCCAGAGGACGCAGUCUUCAUCAGGAAAGUAUCAGACCAAGAGACCAAACCAAAGAGUUGAGAUGGCAUCUAAUCUUCUAAACGCUUCUAGCAACCUUAGAAUAACAGAUAAACUUCAAUUCUAUACCAUGUUAUCUGUAGCCUAGGCCUCAGCAUUUUUAACAGGGAGGUGGUGUACGUGGGCC